GUGGCGCUAGUUGCGACAAUGGUGUUAGUAACAGGGUCAAGUUCGGGUAUCGGUGCCGGGAUCGCCAAAUUAUUUUCACUAUUGGGCGCCAAUGUGGUGGUCACCGGACGUAACUGCUCCCGGAUCGAGAGUGUAGCUCAAGAAGUUGAACAAUUAUCACCUAAUAAGCUCAAGCCAUUGAAAGUGAGGGCUGACCUCACGAACCAGUUCGAUGUCCGGCGCCUAUACGAUACGACUGUUAAUACAUUUGGCAGACUAGAUGUGUUGAUAAAUAACGCGGGUAUUUAUCCCAACGAUAAUAUCACGUCACCGAUGCUUAUCAAGGGCUGGGAUUUGGUCAUGAAUACUGAUCUGAGACCUAUGGUCGAGCUCAUUCAAUAUGCCGUUCCUCACCUCCAAAAAACUAACGGCUCAAUCAUUGACGUGUCCAGCAUUGUGGGCAUUGCCCCGGCGGCCGCCCAUUUAUCCUACAGUACCUCAAAGGCCGCGAUCGUACAGCUCACUCGCAUACUGGCGCUCGAGUUGGGACCACUGGGCAUACGUGUCAAUACGAUCAAUCCCGGUGCUAUUGGCGUACAACGGACUGUCGAGGGCUUUAAGGAUGCCAUCGAUGUAAUGGUCGCGCGAACGCCUAUUCGUAAAUUAGGCCACGCCUUGGAUAUCGCGAAGGGGGCGGUGUUUUUGGCCUCCAGUGACGCCCAGUUUAUUACCGGCGCUAAUCUCGUGAUCGACGGCGGAUUGUACGGCAUACGCGAGCAACUGCUUCGUUACGACGACGAUUCCGAUGAUAGUGAUCCGGCUAAAAAGUAUAGCGCCAAGUUCAUAUCGGAUGGCGUUAUUGGACCCGAGUCGACCCCGAUCAAAAAUUUGCUAAAUAUUACCCAGAACUCAAUGCCGUACUUUGUGGACAGACUCGCAAAUACCGAUGUAAUGGUGGGCGAGUUGUUGGUCACCCUGAAACCCGAUGUGGUAUUUGUGGAUCAAAUAAUAGGGUUGCCAUCUGUGGUUAAGUCGGGCAUACUGUGGGUACUCGUAUGUAGUUGUAAUCCCCUGUAUUUGUAA